GGACAUUGGGCGCGCGAGGCUCGACAGACGGCAUUCUCUCAAUGCUAACUACUUCAUGUUGGUUCUUCAAAUUCCAUUUCAGCUCGAUUUAAGAGCAGGGCAAUGUGCCAUGUCUUGCAGCAACCCCCAGUUAGAUUGUGCUUCCGAUGCUAUAACGGUUAUUGUUCACAGUCUAAUGUGUCAUCGUCAAAGUGGAGAAUCAGAAGAGUUUGCAAGGCGGGCAAUUGAGAGCCUAGUAAAGAAGCUAAAGGAGAAACAAGAUGAUUUGGAAUCUCUUAUAACAGCUAUAACGACAAGUGGCAACCAACCGAGUAAAUGUGUUACAAUACAAAGAACGUUAGAUGGGCGUAUGCAGAUAGCCGGUCGUAAGUGUCUCCCUCACGUCAUAUAUUCACGAAUUUGGCGUUGGCCUGAUUUGCAUCGAAAUGAACUAAGACAUUCCAAGGACUGUUGUUUUGGAUUUGAGCUGAAACAAGAUUAUGUCUGCAUCAAUCCGUACCACUAUGAAAGAGUUGUCUCUCCUGUUGAUUUGGCUGCUCUUAGCUUGAGCCCUGUCGUUGAAAAGGAUGAUAUGUGCAGUGACGCGGGAAGUGAGUCGAACUGUCCAGAGUCUCUAGUUUCUGGAUUCAAAGGAACUCAAAUUGCUGAUAUGGAAUCAUGCUUGCCGGGAGUCACCACCGAUGAAGAAAAUAAUCAUAUCAACUCACCAGCAUUGGUAUCUGCUCAUCCUCCUCUUACUGUCCUUGAUCUUGAUGACCAGCUCACUCAUACAGGCUAUUCAAAAAAUGAUGAAUGUAAUUCAGCACACAGAUUGUCAUCCACAACGCAAAUUAAUUCGUCAUCAGUAGUCACACCAAGCAUUUCGGCUUUGAGAGUCAACCCGACUCCCCAUUUGGAUAGAGGACAAAGUACUAUGGCUUGGUCUGGUGUAGCCAACCCAAAUCAUCCGUAUAAAAAUUUCCAAUCUAGCGGAAGCUUGUUCUCUAAAGAUAAUCCUCUGGAGUCGUUAAGCACAGCUGCGACAGGUAAUGCAUUCGAAUUUUCCAAUUCACUACCAAUGAGUUCUUCUCUUAAAACUGAAAUGAUGGAUAUAUUCACAUGUACAACUAGUCCACUCACUAGUUUUACACCAGUUCUGGCUAACAACCGUUCGAUAAACAGUUAUGUUUCAUCAGCCUAUUCAUCUAACACAACUCCUAUUUGUUUGUCAGGCAACACUAAUGGUGCCGUAAAUAAUAACUCUAAUAAACGCAGUGGUAGUUCCACUGGGGCUUCUGGUGGUUGUAGUGCUGGAGGGUCUAGUUUUACUGGGAAUGCACCAUGUGGCGGAGCCGGUGGUGCAGCGGGUGGUGGCGGUGGAUGGGGAAACCGUCGAGGACCUCCUCCUCCUCCAUUCACUCCAUCUGGAUCUAUACUUCAACCGUUGCCAGUUUUAACUACUCAGCGUCCUCCGGAAUAUUGGUGCAAUAUUGCUUAUUUUGAACUAGACCAACAGGUUGGUGAAUUAUUUAAAGUUCCCAGUCAGUAUUCACGUGUCACUGUUGACGGGUACACAGACCCUUCUAGUCCAAAUCGAUUUUGUCUCGGGCAGCUGUCGAAUGUCCACCGGUCAGAGCAGUCUGAAAAGUCACGACUCUAUAUCGGUAAAGGUGUAGAACUGGAUAAUGUUGGAGAAGGUGAUGUAUGGAUUCGGUGUCUUUCUGAAUUCUCUGUAUUUGUUCAAAGCUACUACUUGGAUCGAGAAGCUGGUCGUGCACCUGGAGAUGCUGUCCAUAAGAUAUAUCCGGGUGCUUAUAUUAAGGUGAAAUAUUAUAUACGCAUAAUUUCUAUGUUAUUAUAUGAUUUCAUUUAUUGUUCCACUUCUUCGAUUAGAAUUGACUUUAAAACUGUGAUUGAAUAUACUUAA